AUGUGUCUGCCUUCGUGUCUCCGCCCUCUGUGUGUCUGCCUUCAUGUCUCCGCCCUCUGUGUCUCUGCCUUCGUGUCUCCACCCUCUGUGUCUCCGCCCUCUGUGUCUCCGCCUUCGUGUCUCCGCCCUCUGUGUGUCUACCUUCAUGUCUCCGCCCUCUGUGUCUCUGCCUUCGUGUCUCCGCACUCUGUGUCUCCGCCCUCUGUGUCUCUGCCUUUGUGUCUCCGCCCUCUGUGUGUCUGCCUUUGUGUCUCCACCCUCUGUGUCUCCGCACUCUGUGUCUCUGCCUUUGUGUCUCCGCCCUCUGUGUCUCUGCCUUCGUGUCUCCACCCUCUGUGUCUCCGCCCUCUGUAUCUCUGCCUUUGUGUCUCCGCCCUCUGUGUGUCUGCCUUCGUGUCUCCACCCUCUGUGUCUCCGCACUCUGUCUCUGCCUUUGUGUCUCCACCCUCUGUGUCUCCGCACUCUGUCUCUGCCUUUGUGUCUCCGCCCUCUGUGUCUCUGCCUUCGUGUCUCCACCCUCUGUGUCUCCGCCCUCUGUGUCUCUGCCUUUGUGUCUCCGCCCUCUGUGUCUCUGCCUUCGUUUCUCCACCCUCUGUGUCUCCGCCCUCUGUAUCUUCGCCCUCUGUGUGUCUGCCUUCGUGUCUCCGCCCUCUGUGUGUCUGCCUUCGUGUCUCCACCCUCUGUGUCUCCGCACUCUGUCUCUGCCUUUGUGUCUCCGCCCUCUGUGUCUCUGCCUUCGUGUCUCCACCCUCUGUGUCUCCGCCCUCUGUGUCUCUGCCUUUGUGUCUCCGCCCUCUGUGUGUCUGCCUUUGUGUCUCCACCCUCUGUGUCUCCGCACUCUGUGUCUCUGCCUUUGUGUCUCCGCCCUCUGUGUCUCUGCCUUCGUGUCUCCACCCUCUGUGUCUCCGCCCUCUGUAUCUCUGCCUUUGUGUCUCCGCCCUCUGUGUGUCUGCCUUCGUGUCUCCACCCUCUGUGUCUCCGCACUCUGUCUCUGCCUUUGUGUCUCCGCCCUCUGUGUCUCUGCCUUCGUGUCUCCACCCUCUGUGUCUCCGCCCUCUGUGUCUCUGCCUUUGUGUCUCCGCCCUCUGUGUGUCUGCCUUUGUGUCUCCACCCUCUGUGUCCUCCGCACUCUGUGUCUCUGCCUUUGUGUCUCCGCCCUCUGUGUCUCUGCCUUCGUGUCUCCACCCUCUGUGUCUCCGCCCUCUGUAUCUCUGCCUUUGUGUCUCCGCCCUCUGUGUGUCUGCCUUCGUGUCUCCACCCUCUGUGUCUCCGCACUCUGUCUCUGCCUUUGUGUCUCCGCCCUCUGUGUCUCUGCCUUCGUGUCUCCACCCUCUGUGUCUCCGCACUCUGUCUCUGCCUUUGUGUCUCCGCCCUCUGUGUCUCUGCCUUCGUGUCUCCACCCUCUGUGUCUCCGCCCUCUGUGUCUCUGCCUUUGUGUCUCCGCCCUCUGUGUGUCUGCCUUUGUGUCUCCACCCUCUGUGUCUCCGCACUCUGUGUCUCUGCCUUUGUGUCUCCGCCCUCUGUGUCUCUGCCUUCGUGUCUCCACCCUCUGUGUCUCCGCCCUCUGUAUCUCUGCCUUUGUGUCUCCGCCCUCUGUGUGUCUGCCUUCGUGUCUCCACCCUCUGUGUCUCCGCACUCUGUCUCUGCCUUUGUGUCUCCGCCCUCUGUGUCUCUGCCUUCGUGUCUCCACCCUCUGUGUCUCCGCCCUCUGUGUCUCUGCCUUUGUGUCUCCGCCCUCUGUGUGUCUGCCUUUGUGUCUCCACCCUCUGUGUCCUCCGCACUCUGUGUCUCUGCCUUUGUGUCUCCGCCCUCUGUGUCUCUGCCUUCGUGUCUCCACCCUCUGUGUCUCCGCCCUCUGUAUCUCUGCCUUUGUGUCUCCGCCCUCUGUGUGUCUGCCUUCGUGUCUCCACCCUCUGUGUCUCCGCACUCUGUCUCUGCCUUUGUGUCUCCGCCCUCUGUGUCUCUGCCUUCGUGUCUCCACCCUCUGUGUCUCCGCCCUCUGUGUCUCUGCCUUUGUGUCUCCGCCCUCUGUGUCUCUGCCUUCGUUUCUCCACCCUCUGUGUCUCCGCCCUCUGUAUCUUCGCCCUCUGUGUGUCUGCCUUCGUGUCUCCGCCCUCUGUGUCUCUGCGUGUCUCAGUUUUAUAUUGUGGUGUGACCUCUUGUGUUGUGGUUUCCUUCAUGUUUUAUUCUGAUAUGUUUCCUCAGCGUGUCAUGUCUGUGCUCUCCCUCGUGUUCCCUCGCUCCCUCGUCUGCCUCUCCUCCUCGCCAUGUCUUAUGUCAGUGCAUGUAGUUGGUGUCUCGUCAUACUCAUUUGGUUCAGCUGUGUCUUCCUCCUGUGUGCUGUUCGCUCGUUUCCUGCUGUGUAUUUAUAGAGUGUGCUUUCUCGUUGCUGGUUGGUCUGUGUGUUCUCCGUACGGUUCUCCCUGUUUUUCAUGUUUCCUCAUCGUUACGUUAAAUAUGGUAGAUCACGUUGUGCUGUUUGUACUCUCAGACGGUCGCUCCGGGACUCUCUUCACAUUGUGAGACUACAGACUGACUCGACUCAGCUCUGUAGAUGUGAAGCAUCUCUGAAAUCACUGAGUCGCCUCACCCCAGAAUCCUUCUCAAACUUGGAGGCAGAGUGCAGAACUGGAACCACACAAUGGCAGAUUUGUACAUGCAGCCGUAAUAACAUGUGAUCAAGUUGCACUUUGAACACCUGCUUUUGGAAUCCAAGCUUGUGUUCAGAUUCUGGAUCGAUAUCUGAGACUCUACCAGGCAGACUCGGUUCAUUUGAAGUCACAGGACCGAGGUCUCUGGAAGGAUAUGCAAACUCUGACAGUCCGCCAAACAAGCUUUGGUGUCCUUGGUGUCACUCUGCAGAGACCAUUGAACCCACUAAAACUUGACUGCAGGGGAGAGCAAGGGCGUAGAUUUGGUUUUGGCAUUGGUGGGGACGGAUGAGUCAACCACUGAAC